AUGUCUUUUUGUGUCGCUAUAACGUGGCGCUUGCUGCAUGACGCAGCCUUGGGCUUGCAAUCCCUACACCAGAACAACAUUGUGCACGGGGAUCUCAAAUGUAAUCAAAUUCUAGUGAGCGAAGACUUAACGGCCAAGCUGACAGAUUUCGGGAUGAGCUUUGUGUCGCUGGAGUCGAGGCCAACCACCACGAGUGGAGCUGUGCGCUGGAAGGCGCCCGAGCUGUUGACUCACGAGGGCUGUGCUCCAACGUUUGCGUCGGAUAUCUAUUCCUUUGGGAUGUGUGUCGUAGAAGCGAGAAGUGGAGGCGUUCCGUGGAGAAGCGAUCUGCCGAAUCGAUGA